ACCAUGUCUCCAACUAACGUUUGCCAGAUGUUACGUCAAACACGACUCCUUUCACGGCCAUGUAAAUGGGCUGCCCGACCUGAGGAACGCAAACGUAAAACACAUUACAUGGUGCAUUAAGGAAAACUUUCACGACUCAAAAUGCAGUGGAUUUGCGAGGCGCUGUGACGUCACUGCUGGCUCUGGACCAGCUGAGAGACACUAACACUUUCCCGUGUGAAGAACCUGCGAUAUGUUAGUUGAUCAUACGAGUGGCGUCGAAUGGACUGCAUCAACAUUAAUGUAAAGUUGUCAGGCAAGUUUUCAUCUAUACCAAAAACCCUACAAAGCACAGAAAAGGACAGAAAAUGCUACGAAAGGAGACAUCUUGCUGCUACCAAGAGUUCAAUGAUGAGGAUUGUGCACAAGCAUCAGUGUCCUGCCAGCACAAAGGAGAUGCUGUCCAGGAUGAAGAUGAAGAAGCCAACUGUAACGUCUUACCAGAUGUGGAUGUUAUGGGCAGCAGUCCAUAUCCUAAUGCCUUCAACAAAACUUGUCUAAAAAAUGUCUUCACAGUCAUUCUUGUUCUCAUCUACCUUAUGUUAACAACAGUGGCCGUAUUUUUGGCCUAUCAAACAAUUUCUGACUUCUUGGACAAGCUCAAUCAUCCUGUAAUGUCUGUGUCAUACAAAGAGGUUGAAGAGUUUGCUCCCCCAGGAAUUGCACUGUACCCAGGGAAAGCUCGGUUAUUAAGCUGUCGGCACCACUACCACGAUCAUAUCCCUCCUCGUUUAUUGGCAGGCCAGAAGGAGGACAAUGAAUGUAUAAUACAGGAAGUUAAUUAUAUUGACCCAUACACAAACCAUUCAAAACAAGCCCUGGUGGUUGAAGGUCCAACAGAUGUCAGGAACCGAGAGCUCAUAUUUCUACAGUUCAGUCAGAACGAAACUGAAGAGGACUUCAGUGCCAUCAGUUACAUGCUGUUUGCCCAGUUCAGUGAUCUGCAUCUAAGCUCAGAUAAAGCUGAAUUCAUGAGGGACUGUGAAAAGAACUAUUCAAUGUGGACUUUCUCUGGUGGUUUUCGUACCUGGGUCAAAAUGUCUUUGGUUCGGACAUCUGGGAAAGCAAACGAAUCUGUCGAAUUCAGGCAAGAGUCCAGUGUGGUGAAGUACAAUGACAGGAGGACUUCAGAAGAGAAAACUGACGAGCUUUUCUUUAUCGUGUUUCAAUGGCGGGAUCCAUUUAUACAACAAGUCAAAGAUAUCGUCACAGCAAAUCCAUGGAACACAAUAGCCAUUCUGUGUGGGGUCUUGAUGGCUCUUUUUAAAGCUGCCAACUUUGCCAAGCUGAGCAUUAAGUGGAUGAUCAAAAUUCGCAAACGACACUUAAGGGCCAAAAUUAGGGAAAUGAACCAAAUCAGCUGACUGACAAUCAAGUGGUGUCCAUCGUUCAACAUUCACUAUUCACUGCCAACAAUUUAAAAGGAUUUUAAUGUGAAAAAGAAUGUUUUAUUUUUCUAACUACUUUCAACCAAACAAUGAAAUCUUAUUUUUUAUUGAAUCAAUAUUUUAUUACUUGACAUUUAACAACGACUACUGACAUUAUUUUGAAUAUUAAUACUAAUGUUCUUUGCACAAGGACUGGAUGAAAGUAUAUCAAACUGGCUUUGACAAUGUAGAGUCUUCUACAGUUCUUCUUCAGUCUUUUCUCAGAAACAUUACUUGUCAGGUAGAUGCUGUGUCAUCCAAUUUCAACUGUCCGUGCAGGAAAUCUAACAUGGAUUUAGGGAUUGAUCUUGGAAAGCAAAUAAUCUGGUUGUGCGUGUGUGCGUGCGUGUGAGAGUGUUGGUGUGUGUGUUUUAAUUGUCACUGCUCACUGUUAUAUGUGGAAAAAAGAAAAAUCCCGUUGCAACAAUUGUAAAUGUACUAUGAGAGCUGCUUGAUUUUAAUAACGUAUAGAAUUCUCAUCGACUGACAUGUUUGGAAAAAGAACAGUGUAUUGUGACCUCCGGUAUAUACUCAGUUUUAUUUUUUUGUCCAAUAUAAUUGUGAUACUAUGCAAUUCCAUGAGCACAAACAAUAUUGAAUUUAUUAGCUGUGGUUUAAGCUUCUGUCUGAUUCAAACUAUACCUUCAUACAUGGCUAUUAAAGCAUUUUCAUUUAA